AAGAAGCGAAAUUUUAAGAUUCGUGCGGCGAGAGAAAAAGUUCCUAUUUAAACGAAACCCGAUACUGGCCAACCUGCAGAGUAGCCCUUAACACCCAGCACUCAGGGAACAUGCCUUUUCCACUCUUCGCAUUUGUUAACUCAUUUGUUACUGUCCUCUCGGUUAACGUGGGGAAUACCGUCAGCGUAAGCCGCAGUGCUACGACCGUCUUGAACACGCCCACCGUGGCCGCGUCGCAGGCUGCCAGUGAGGGAAGACCGGAGUGUCUGGUGGGGUUUGCUACGGGAGGUUCUGGCCAUGGAAGGUCAGCUGUGUUGACCAUCGCCGGCAUCAUUCUCGUUUGGACCGCGUACAUGAUCGUUCACCGAGUGGGGAUGGCCGCCCAGAAACGCGUUAGGAAAAGGCUGGAGGAAGCCAGAGGUGAACAUUGUCUUGACUACCGUCUGAUCUAUAACCUUGGCUAUGAAGGCAAUUCCGUCAGCGUCGAUUAGACUUGGAACGCCUAAGCCGCAACACAAACAAACAAGAAUAACUGUAUCAAGAGUAGAGUUCGCACGGCUGGAAGGAGAUCGAGUUAUAGUCAGAAAAAGACCAGCUCGAAGCUGGAGUAGCUACAACAAUUCAUACGGUUAUUUAUACUAAAAUACGCGAUGAUAUAGUCGAUCAUUUGGAGGUCUU